CAGCCGCAACCGUUCAACAACCAAUUUUCCAAUUCGAGAUCCAAUCACGGAGCAACGUCCCUCACCGAGGCACCACAACUGCUUUCCCUCGUCCUAUCGCCGCCAAUCGACCUCCCAACAAGUCUCCGACGCUCGCCAAAUUGCAGAACGUCCCUUACGGCCCCGGCCCCCCGUUCACAAGGAAGAAGGGUAUAACCAAGAAAGAGAGAGAGAGAGAGAGAGAGAGAGAGAGAGGAGAGAGAGAAACGAAUCGAAAAUGAUAACCCGCUUCAUCACCGACGUGACCACGCGCUUCAACCCCUUCUCGCCGCGCUCGCGGUCCGCCCGGCUCUUCCUCUCCUUCCUCCCGCCGACGGCCCGCUCGUCGGGCAUGAACAUCACGACGCAGCUGCUCCCGCGGACGUCGAAGGAGCCGAGCACCUUGUACAUCAAGUUCAAGGACGGCAAGGAAAUGAACCUCGACUGCGAGAACAUGGGCAUCAAGAGCAUCGUCGAGGAAGUCGACCGGCACUCGCGCAUGCUCCAGAAGGAGGCAGAUCUGGCCGAGGCCUAAACGCGCUCUCCGACGUAGAACGGAGGAGGGCUGUACAUUUUGUCUGUAAUGAUACGAUAUCUGCUUGCAUCAUGUACUUAUAGAAAGCAUUGGGAAGGCGUUUUUGAUGAUUGAUCUUGGGAUUCUGCCUCGGUCGACAAGAUUGGAAUAUAUACCACUUGAGCCCUUUUUUUUUUUUUUAC